AGCUUCUUGAGCUGAGCCACGCCUUCGUAUCCUUUCUCCACAAGCUUCCUCAAAUUCCUCGGCCCAACUCCUGGAAUGGCCAGCAAAUCCGGGCCCACCACAGUGCCGCCCCCACCGGCCCCACUCCUCUGCCUCCUCGGCCCUUUCCUCUCCUCCACGCUCUCCGCAUUCUCCACAUCACCAUCCGCCACCGGAGACCCGCCGCCCUCGCUCGAAUUUGCGGCAACCGUGGUGAACCAUCUGUUCUGCUGUUUCAGAACCACCCAGGGCUUCGACAGGGCCGUACUGAUUCCGCCGCCCUCGAACGAGCAACCGGAGGGGCUCAUUUUCGCGACUCCGAAGGGCCGCCACCCCAAGAGCCUAGAGAGAGAAAGGUAGAACAAGAGAGGGGUAGAGAGAGGAGGCUACUAUGGGGUGGGAUAAGCGGGGCGGCGGAGCUUCUGCGCAGUAGCUUCUGCAUCGCCAGCAUCUCACUGUAUAAAGACUGUGUUGUGUGCGUGUACGCAAAUGCGUGCACGAAUCGAAGCAGAGGAGAGGAAGGAGAAGAGUCCUUUAGGUUGGGCCGUUGGAACGGUUUUGGCGGAAUGAAGAGCUGCCACCAUGAGCGUUUGGGGGGUUUUUUUAGGGUUGAAGAAGCUU